AGGUCUUAUUUUGAUAGGUCUUACCGGAAGUGUCCUCACACUCGGUGUCUAACCUGACAGAACUGUAACUGAUGGAUAACUGAUGGAUGUUGCGUUAAAUGGAUGAUUUUACCUUUACCUGUGUGUCGUGUUAAAGCCGAGAUGGUGCGGUUAUCGGUGAUUGUGGAAAUGAUCUUCUCAACAGUCUGAACCCGAAGAGAAACAACAGUCAGCCAGUGUAGGGCUGCAGAUGGAGAAUGGAGACCUGGGUCACAUGAUGGGGGAGCCAGUGACUCUGAAUGUAGGCGGCUGCGAGUACAGCACGUCUCUGUCCACGCUGCAGCGCUACCCUGAAUCCAUGCUGGGAGCCAUGUUUGGAGGAGACCUCCCCACCGUCAGGGACGCACACGGAAACUACUUCAUCGACCGCGAUGGCCCGCUGUUUCGCUACAUCCUCAACUUCCUGCGGACGUCAGAGUUGACGCUGCCAUGCGACUUCAAGGAGACACAACUUCUCAGGAAGGAGGCUGACUUCUAUCAGAUCGAGCCCCUGAUCCAGUGCCUGGGAGACCCCAAACCCCUGCUGCCCUACCCCACCGACACCUACGAGGAGGUGGUGGAGCUGUCCAGCACCAGGAAGCUGUCCAAGUACUCCAACCCAGUCGCAGUCAUCAUCACCCAGCUCACCAUCACCACCAAGGUCCAUGCAAUGUUGGAGUCCAUCUCGUGCAGUUUCACAAAGUGGAACAAACACAUGAUGGACACGAGAGACUUCCAGGUGUCCUUCACCUUCGGACCAUGUGACCACCAACAGGAAGUCAGCCUACGUGUCCACUUGCUGGACUUCAUCUCCAAAGCUGGUUUCAUAAUACGCAACACGCGUGUUCACCACAUGAGCGAACGGGCCAAUGAGAACACAGUAGAACAUCACUGGACGUUCUGCCGACGAGUUCGCAAAUUCGCCUACUGAAGAACUAAUGGGACUCACUGUCUGCAGACAGACAGAUGGACAGAGAGAGACUUGGUGGUGGCCUUUGUUAUUAUGUGAUAAUGUUUUGUAUGACAUGUGUUGUUUUAAAAAAAGUUAAAGUUUAUUCUUCAAACAGAGGUGAACCUGAGCUGGCCCUGCAUCUGUCCGCACUUUCUAAAUGAGGGUAUCACAGCUGGGAUGAUCACACCCCCCCUGUGGCCAGGCUGUUCAGGUACAUGUAUGUCCACAUACUUUUGGCAACAUAGUAUAUGAUAUCAGCAGUAUCACAAAUCUGUUGUAUAUCUAUGACUAGGAAUUGAAAAUAAAACAAUUUGGAAAAUUGGA